AUGGAAGGGGAAGAGCUGCCGUUUGGGUACACGCACAGACGAGAGAAGCGCUCGCAUGAACAAAUGGACGACGACGAUGAUGAGGGCUCGGCCUCACCUACGUGGAGAUACAACCCCUUCCCGGACAUACGCCCUCACCAAACUCAGCCGCGCUUCCCCUCGGGCCUCCCGCUCAUCGAACACCUCCCACGCCCCACCCACUAUGACCACGCUCAAGACGCCGCCCACAAUAACUACGAGGAACCACACGCCCGCCACAAUCACUUUCAACAACCUAGAAGAGCGCCUGCUUUUGAGUCCGCCCUGCGCGCAGCCCGACCUCCUAUAGAACGCGCCUCAUCGUCCACCGCCACGCAAUCACGCCCUGCGGGACUCCACCUUCCCAGGAUGGAAAACAUGGCUUCUUCGGCUUCAGUGCGCUUCCCCGGAGACGGCUUCGACUACCGACGGCCAGCUGGAUCAUCAAGGGAACCUGAUGUUGGAUCUGUUGACCUAACAGGGGAAGAGGAAGAUGUGGGCCCGGACUUGAGCAGGGUUGACCAAGACGACAAUGGUGACCACGAUAACCACGAUGACGACGACGACGUUAUCAUCGAUCUCACCGCCGACGACUCUGGAUAUGGAGCUAGUCAGGAUGGCAACAGCGGCCGGCAACGACAUGAUCAUGUUGAGCGGCAAGACCCGAACCGUGCUCGUGCAAAUGGAGGACCCCGCUUACCGCGGGGCAUGGAUAUCAUAAUUGACCUCGACAAUGGUGAAGAAGAGUGGAGAAUGGCCACACCAGCUCCUGAACCAAGUUCCCCUGAUAUUGAAUUCAUUUCUUCCCGGACAAUCAACCCCAGGCGCCUGCCACCACCAAAUCUUGCCGGCAACAACUCCGACGGGGACGAGGUCGAGUUUUUACGAGAAAACGCUCUGCCAGAGGCCGAAAUUCGACGGCGCAGGACUCGAGAGCUCGACAAUGUCUUGGAUCUUUUCGGUACGCUUAACGGUCGCUUCACACAUCUUCGGGCUCAAGUCGAUCGUUUCAAUGCCCAGAUCAACCGCACCGCGGGCCGCUUCCAUGAGCCUGUUGCUCCUCACCGGAAUCCAUCCCGAGGCCAUACACAUAUCCGUUUGGGCUUCAUUACACCUGUCAUGGACUUUGAGGGUACUGGCUUCAACUAUGGGCAGGCAGCACGCGAAGCACCAGCACCUCCACCUACCUAUGAGGCGCCACCUCAAGCACCUGAGGGUUUCACGAGGAGCCCGGAAGAGGAAGGUGCGCUUAUCUGCCCAAAUUGCGAGGAAGAGCUGUGUGUGGGUAGCGAUGAGAUCAAACGACAGGUGUGGAUUGUCAAAGGCUGCGGUCAUGUCUACUGUGGAGAAUGUACCACGAAUCGUGCUGCUAAACGUACUGCAAAGGGCAAAGAAAGGCCGGUCAGCACCAACCCGUUCAAGACCUGUGUCGUCGAAGGCUGCGACAAGAAUGUAUCAAACAAGAAAAGCAUGAUUCAGGUCUUCCUUUGA